GAGCAGGCCACCAAAGUGGAUGGAGGGACGCCCAUAGGAGGGAAGGCAGCGGGCUUCGAUGUGAAGGCACUACGGGCGUUCAGGGUGCUCAGGCCACUCAGACUGGUGUCUGGGGUGCCCAGCCUUCAGGUUGUGCUGAACUCCAUCAUCAAGGCCAUGGUUCCUCUCCUCCACAUCGCCCUGCUGGUCCUGUUCGUCAUCAUCAUCUACGCCAUCAUCGGCCUGGAGCUGUUCAUGGGCAAGAUGCACCGCACCUGUUUCUAUAACAGAGAGGGACAUCCCUUCUACAGAGGUCCCAUAGUGGAGGAGAAGCCGGCCCCCUGCGCUCCUAACGGGGCUCACGGCCGCCACUGCUCCCAGAACGCCACGCAAUGCAUGAUGGGCUGGGAGGGGCCUAACGAUGGCAUCACUAACUUCGACAACUUUGCGUUUGCCAUGUUGACGGUGUUCCAGUGUAUCACCAUGGAGGGCUGGACAGACGUCCUCUACUGGAUGCAAGAUGCUAUGGGCUAUGAACUUCCCUGGGCCUAUUUUGUCAGUCUCGUCAUCUUUGGAUCCUUUUUCGUUCUAAAUCUGGUUCUGGGGGUGUUGAGCGGAGAGUUUUCCAAGGAGAGAGAGAAGGCCAAGGCCAGAGGAGACUUCCAGAAGCUGAGAGAGAAGCAACAGCUGGAGGAGGACCUGAAGGGUUAUCUGGACUGGAUCACACAGGCUGAAGACAUCGACCCAGAGAAUGAGGAGGAGGGGCUCGACGAGGAGAAGCCCAGAAACCUGAGCAUGCCGGCCAGUGAGAAUGAGUCAGUGAACACUGACGCCACUCCAGCAGGAGAUAUGGAGGGAGAGACCUGCUGUACCCGGCUAGCAAAUAGAAUCUCCAAAUCCAAGUUCAGUCGGUACUCGCGGCGGUGGAACCGUCUGUGUCGUCGUAAGUGUCGAGCGGGGGUCAAAUCCAGCGUGUUCUAUUGGCUGGUGAUCUUCCUGGUCUUCCUCAACACUCUAACCAUCGCUUCAGAGCACCAUAAACAGGCUGACUGGCUCACAGAGGCCCAAGACAUAGCCAACAAGGUCCUGCUGGCAUUGUUUACAGGGGAGAUGCUGUUAAAGAUGUACAGCCUGGGUCUACAGGCCUACUUCGUGUCUCUGUUCAACCGCUUUGACAGCUUCGUGGUGUGUGGAGGCAUCCUAGAGACCAUUCUGGUGGAGACCAAGAUCAUGUCCCCGCUAGGCAUCUCUGUGCUGCGCUGCGUACGCCUUCUACGUAUCUUCAAAAUCACAAGGUAUUGGAACUCUCUGAGUAACCUGGUGGCAUCGCUGCUUAACUCUGUUCGCUCCAUCGCCUCCCUGUUACUGCUACUCUUCCUCUUCAUCAUCAUCUUCAGCCUGCUCGGCAUGCAGCUCUUCGGAGGCAAGUUCAACUUCGACGAGACGCGCCGGUCAACCUUCGACAACUUCCCCCAGUCGCUGCUCACCGUCUUUCAGAUCCUGACAGGUGAGGACUGGAACUCGGUGAUGUAUGACGGCAUCAUGGCCUACGGAGGGGCGUCCUUCCCAGGGAUGCUAGUCUGUAUCUACUUCAUCAUCCUGUUCAUCUGUGGAAACUAUAUCCUCCUGAAUGUCUUCUUGGCCAUCGCCGUGGACAACCUGGCUGAUGCUGAGAGUCUGACGUCAGCACAGAAGGAGGAGGAGGAGGAGAAGGAGAGGAAGAAGCUGGCCAGAACGGCCAGUCCAGAGAAGCGCCAUGUCAACGAAAAGCCCCCGAUGAUCGAGGUAGAAGAGAAGAAGGAGGAGAAGAUUGAGCUGAAGUCCAUCACCUCAGACGGAGAGACAACCAAUGCCACCAAGAUCAACAUUGAUGAGUACCAAGUAGAUGUGAAUGAAGAGAAGAACCCGUAUCCAGCUAAUGAUUUUCCAGGUACCACUGUACCGGUGAUAAAAAGAGAGGAUGAGGACCCUGAGAUGCCGGUGGGCCCCCGGCCUCGGCCCCUGUCUGAUAUUCAGCUGAAGGAGAAGGCUAUUCCCAUGCCUGAGGCCCGGGCUUUCUUCAUCUUCAGCAACACCAACAAGUUCAGGGUUCUGUGCCAUAAGAUGGUGAACCACAACAUCUUCACCAACCUCAUCCUGUUCUUCAUUCUACUGAGCAGUAUCUCUCUGGCAGCAGAGGACCCUGUCCGGAACGACUCCUUCAGGAACCAGAUAUUAGGCUAUGCAGACCACGUCUUCACUGGGCUCUUCACCAUAGAGAUCAUUCUGAAGAUGACAGCGUACGGGGCGUUCAUCCAUAAGGGUUCGUUCUGUCGGAACUACUUCAACAUUCUGGAUCUGGUGGUGGUCAGCGUGUCGCUCAUCUCCUCUGGAAUACAGUCCAGUGCCAUCAACGUGGUGAAGAUCCUUCGUGUUCUCAGAGUGCUUCGGCCCCUGAGGGCUAUCAACAGGGCCAAGGGCCUCAAACAUGUGGUCCAGUGUGUGUUCGUGGCCAUCCGAACCAUUGGAAACAUCGUGAUCGUCACCUCUCUGCUGCAGUUCAUGUUCGCCUGCAUCGGAGUACAACUCUUCAAGGGGAAGUUUUUCUACUGCUCAGACAGCUCCAAGUCUACAGAGCCUGAAUGCAGGGGUUCAUACAUCAUGUAUAAGGACGGGGAUGUGGGGAAGCCAGAGAGGUCCAUGCGUGUCUGGGAGAACAGUGACUUCAACUUUGACGACGUGCUCCAGGGGAUGAUGGCUCUGUUCGCUGUCUCCACCUUCGAAGGAUGGCCAGCACUCCUGUACCGGGCCAUAGACUCCCAUUCAGAGGACCUGGGCCCUGUCUACAACUACAGAGUGGUCGUGUCCAUCUUCUUCAUCAUCUACAUCAUCAUCAUCGCCUUCUUCAUGAUGAACAUCUUCGUCGGUUUCGUCAUUGUCACCUUUCAGGAGCAGGGAGAGCAGGAGUACAAGAACUGUGAGCUGGACAAGAACCAGCGUCAGUGUGUGGAAUAUGCCCUGAAGGCCCGUCCUCUACGUCGGUACAUCCCUAAGAACCAGUACCAGUACAAGGUGUGGUACGUGGUCAACUCCACCUACUUUGAGUACCUGAUGUUUACUCUCAUCCUGCUGAACACCAUCUGUCUGGCCAUGCAGCAUCACGGCCAGACCCACUCCUUCAACGAUGCUAUGAACAUCCUCAACAUGCUCUUCACCGGCCUCUUCACUGUGGAGAUGAUCCUUAAACUCAUCGCCUUCAAACCACGGCAUUAUUUUGUUGAUGCAUGGAACACAUUUGAUGCCUUGAUAGUUGUGGGUAGCGUUGUUGACAUAGCGAUCACUGAGGUUAACGGACUACAAAACUCUGAAGAUAACGCCAGGAUCUCCAUCACCUUCUUCCGGCUGUUCAGAGUGAUGAGGCUGGUCAAACUGCUGUCUCGGGGAGAAGGGAUACGGACCCUGCUGUGGACCUUCAUCAAGUCCUUUCAAGCCCUCCCCUAUGUAGCACUGCUCAUAGUGAUGCUCUUUUUCAUCUACGCCGUCAUUGGGAUGCAGAUGUUUGGUAAGAUAGCCCUGAGGGACAACAGUCAGAUCAACAGGAACAACAACUUCCAGACCUUCCCCCAGGCUACACUCCUGCUCUUCAGGUGUGCCACAGGCGAGGCGUGGCAGGAGAUCAUGCUGGCAUGCGCCCCCAUGCGACCCUGUGAGAAGGGGUCAGAGGUGGGACCAGCCAGCGAGGACCAGUGUGGGAGUCACUUCGCUAUCUUCUACUUCGUCAGUUUCUACAUGCUCUGUGCCUUCCUGAUCAUCAACCUGUUUGUGGCUGUGAUCAUGGAUAACUUUGACUACCUGACCAGAGACUGGUCUAUUCUAGGACCUCACCACCUGGAUGAGUUCAAGAGGAUCUGGGCUGAGUACGACCCAGAGGCAAAGGGUCGUAUCAAGCACCUAGAUGUGGUAACACUGUUGAGGAGGAUUCAGCCUCCUUUGGGCUUCGGGAAGCUCUGUCCCCACCGGGUGGCCUGCAAGCGUCUGGUCUCCAUGAACAUGCCCCUGAACAGCGAUGGCACAGUCAUGUUCAAUGCCACCCUGUUUGCCCUGGUGCGAACAGCACUGAGGAUCAAGACUGAUGGUAACUUGGAGCAGGCGAACGAGGAGCUCCGAGCCAUAGUGAAGAAGAUCUGGAAGAGGACCAGUAUGAAGCUGCUGGAUCAGGUGGUGCCCCCUGCUGGAGAUGAUGAGGUGACGGUUGGGAAGUUCUACGCCACCUUCCUGAUCCAGGAGUACUUCAGGAAGUUUAAGAAGCGUAAAGAGCAGGGCCUGGUGGCCAAGGUGCCCCCCAAGACGGCUCUCUCCCUGCAGGCGGGCCUGCGGACGCUCCAUGACAUGGGUCCUGAGAUCCGGAGGGCCAUAUCAGGUGACCUCACAGUGGAGGAAGACCUGGACAAGUCGAUGAAGGAGCCGGUCUCGGCAGCGUCCGAGGACGAUAUCUUCAGGCGAGCGGGUGGGUUGUUCGGCAACCACGUCAGCUACUACAACGACGGGCGCGACAGCGGACGCAACACCUUCCCACAAUCCUUCACCACGCAGCGCCCGCUCCACAUCAGCCAGACGGGCAGCCCCGGCGAGGGCGAUUCCCCGUCCCACGAGAAGUUGAUGGACUCUACCACCUUCACCCCGAGCUCCUACUCUUCCUCGGGCUCCAAUGCUAACAUCAACAAUGCCAACAACACGGCGGUCCCCGGUGUGGUAGUGGGGGUUGGUGGUCCAGGGGGGGUCAGCCGUUUCCCGAACCCCAGCAUCAGUACAGUGGAUGGGCAGAGCGGACCCCCGCUAACCCCUAUACUACUGCCGAGGUCUGCAUGGUGCUUCCCUCCCAAGAGGAUGUGUUUCUAUGACUCCCUCAUGCGCUCGGACUCCACUGAUAGCCGUCUGCCGUUCAUCAGGCGAGAGGAGGUGUCGACGGACGAGACGUACGAUGAGAGUUACGCGGACGAGAGAGAAUACCGCCGAAGCGACCAGAACAUUCUCACCUCAGACAUGCUGGUAUAUCAGGAUGAGGAGAACAAGCAGCUGACUCCUAUGGAGGAAGGAGAGGAUGGGGGAGGCAGGAGACCCUGGCACUCUCCCAGACGAGCCUUCCUCUGUCCCACAGCUCUGGGUCGGCGGUCGUCCUUCCAUCUGGAGUGUCUGAGGAGACAGACGAGAGCAGAUGUCUCCCAGAAGACAGUUCUACCGCUGCACCUGGUACACCAUCAGGCACUAGCAGUAGCAGGUCUGAGCCCCCUGCUUCGACGGAGCCACUCCCCGACCCUCUUCACGCAGCUCUGCUCUACGUCUCCUACCAGUCCCACAGGCCGGGGUAGCCAGGCCUCCUACCAGCGUGUGCCCACCCUUCGUCUCCAGGGCACGGGCCCUGGCACCGGCUCCUACGAGCUCAACUCCAGCCUGCCCUCGGUCAACUGUGGGCCGUGGUACAGCGACAGCAACGGGAACAGUCCUGGUAUCAGCCCUCGGGUGGGUACGGCUAGCCAGCGGCCGCCGCGGCCCGUCUCCCUCACUGUGCCUAGCACGGUGCACAAGGACGCUACAUCGUUGUCCCACGGCAGCGCCGGCAGUCUGGUGGAAGCUGUGUUGAUAUCAGAGGGCCUGGGCCAUUUCGCUCAGGACCCGUCCUUCAUCGAGGUGACCAAGCAGGAGCUGGCGGACGCGUGUGACAUGACCAUCGAGGAGAUGGAGAACGCAGCCGACAACAUCCUCAAUGGCAACAGCCAGCCCAGUCCCAACGGCAACCUUUUACCCUACAUGCACUGCAACAGGGACCAUGCUGCUUCCCAGGAGCCAGGCCUCAGCGAUGGGCCUGGGGCCGUUCGGGGGGCCACGGCCCCUGGGGAGAUUGAGGAGCUACUAGGGGCCACUCACCUAGGACAGCACGGGGAUCCGGAGGAUGAGGAGGGGUUGGAGGUGGUGGGAGGGGAGGAAGAGCACACCGGGGGUGUGGAGGUGGUGGUUGAGGUUGGGCAGAGGAACAGCGGCCUGUUGGAGGAUGAGGACAUGGAGUGUGUGACCAGUUUGUAGGGUUGGACCCUCACACACACAGCAGCAACAGUGAACCUCUGUCUGGACCCCCUCUAUCUCUCUCUCUCUGUCUGGACCCCCUCUAUCUCUCUCUCUCUCUGUCUGGACCCCCUCUAUCUCUCUCUCUCUGUCUGGACCCCCUCUAUCUCUCUCUCUCUGUCUGGACCCCCUCUAUCUCUCUCUCUCUGUCUGCUGGAUGAGACCUGGUGUCAGCGGUCCACAGACCAUUACUUCUAAACAUACUUAAAACCUUUUAUGGAAGAUACUUUAUUUGAUUGGAUUGAGAUGGGUUUUCGUGUGUGUGUGUGUGUGUGUGUGUGUGUGUGUGUGUGUGUGUGUGUGUGUGUGUGUGUGUGUGUGUGUGUGUGUGUGUGUGUGUGUGUGUGUGUGUGUGUGUGUGUGUGUGUGUGUGUGUGUGUGUGUGUGUGUGUGUGUGUUUAGGUGUGUCUCUGGGUGUUUCAAAAGUGCCUCACAGUUAUCACGUCCUUGAACAAAUGGUGGAGUAGGGGAGCCAAUAUGAAAAGGACAACAGUCAGGAGAAUAGAGGAGGAGUAGGGGAGACAAUAUGAAAAGGACAACAGUCAGGAGAAUAGAGGAGGAGUAGGGGAGUCAAUAUGAAAAGGACAACAGUCAGGAGAAUAGAGGAGGAGUAGGGAAGCCAAAAUGAAAAGGACAACAGUCAGGAGAAUAGAGGAGGAGUAGGGGAGCCAAUAUGAAAAGGACAACAGUCAGGAGAAUAGAGGAGGAGUAGGGGAGCCAAAAUGAAAAGGACAACAGUCAGGAGAAUAGAGGAGGAGUAGGGGAGCCAAUAUGAAAAGGACAACAGUCAGGAGAAUAGAGGAGGAGUAGGGGAGCCAAUAUGAAAAGGACAACAGUCAGGAGAAUAGAGGAGGAAGAGGAACUGUAUGUUUGUAUUCCAUGUGUUGUUUCUGUCUUCCCUUCCCUUCGUUCUUCAAGUGCGUCAUUUUCGUCGCUGUGGCCACCAGGCAGAUGCAUUCUGGGAUAAUAAAUAACCUCUGCCCCGGCGGAGUUAAGAGGUUAGAGGUCGUGCUGUUGAAGUUCAAAGGUCUUCUUCCUAUUCCUUCUCGCGCUGCAUUGCCCUUCAGAGCUGGGCCACCUACUGUAAGACUGCUGGAUUCUGCUGGCGACCAACACAUUAAACCUUUGGAAGAGGGAACUGCCAGCGAGGGGGACGUGUUUAAGGGACGGACCCUCACCCAGGAUUUCUAUAUUGACAUUAAACAUUGACACUGGACUGUACGGAGGAGCCAACGACAGGGAGAGACACUGACAUCCAGGAUCUGUUUAUCUGUAAGGAGGAGCCAGCAACAGAGAGCAACACCGAGAGACACUGACAUCCAGGAUCUGUUUAUCUGUAAGGAGGAGCCAGCAACAGAGAGCAACACCGAGAGACACUGACAUCCAGGAUCUGUUUAUCUUUAAGAAGGAGCCAGCAACAGAGAGCAACACCGAGAGACACUGACAUCCAGGAUCUGUUUAUCUGUAAGGAGGAGCCAGCAACAGAGACCAACACCGAGAGACACUGACAUCCAGGAUCUGUUUAUCUUCAUCAUGCUCAGCUGUCGUGCUGUCCACCAACACCCUACGCCCUCCUCCUCUCCUCCAUCCCUCUUUCCUCCCUCCACCACUCGCUCACCUCCCUCUCUGUCAUAAUGCCGCCACUUCCUCAUCACAUGCAGCCACUAACGUCUAACGUCACUAGUGACUAACGUCUGGUUCUAAACAGGGACAGCGCCACCUAGCUGCCCUGGUUACCUCAACCUCCCAUCCUCCGUUUGUUCUCUCUCUCUCUCUCUCUCUCUCUCUCUCUCUCUCUCUCUCUCUCUCAGUUCAGUUAUUAAAUCUGCGUUGUUUUGGUUGUAGUAGUUUAUCGGUUCUAGUUUUAAACUCCUCAGUGGUCCGUUCAUCCUGCUAUCCUCGCUGUAUGAUGUUUUGGGGAAUGAGUGUAGGAGAGGAGGAGAAGAAACUGGGCAGGGCUGAGGUAAGCUGUGGCCUUUCUUGUCUGUGACAAUACAGUGGCUAGGUGUUGGUGCCAAGUCGCUAUAAUCACCACAACACACAGAUCAGAAUCCGAUCCACUUCAUGUAUUUUACACACACACACACACACAAACAGUAUUGUGCAAAACUGGCCAGACUUGAUUUGUUAAUUUGUUAUUUUUCAUGAUGUUAUUUAUCCUUAUUUGUGCCCAAAUCGGGGUGCUGGCCCUAACUGUGUAUUUUGCUUGAUUUAUGUUUUAGGAGAUUUUAAGAAGUUAAGAAGUAUUGAAACCUGUGUGUGUGGGGGGGGCAGCGGCAGGAUGUUGUCAAAGGUGUACCUAUCAGUAUGCAUCUUUUAAACACCUUGUAUUAAUUUAUUUAUUUUGUCCCUGAGGUGAAAGCUGUAUUUGGUGGAGGUGAAGGGGGUGAAAUAUGUAUCGCUGUUUCUUAAAAGCAACACUACACCUAAACGGUUAAAUUAAGGUAGCAUUAACUAAGUAUGGUGUCAUGUUUCUCGUUUUAUCUAUCACCCUACCACCUGAACAGAAAAAAAACAUUGGACAGGCAUGCUUCCAAAGCUGAGUGUUUUUCCUCCUAUCGCUGCUUCAAUUAUUUGAUGGUUGUUUGUUGUUCUGAAUAUUGAACUACUGAGGUUUUGAUCAGAUCUCAUCGAGGAGCCUAUCAGAGGGCAGGACGGGCUAGACCAAUCAGAGAACAGGACAUGAUAGACCAAUCAGAGAACAGAACAGCAUAAGCCAAUCAGACAGGAGCUCUGUGACCUUCGACACCUGAGCUGUGACAUGAUGAUUACUAUACAUCAUCACCCUGUUAGGCACUCCCAUAGAUAUGUAGUAGAGAGCUCAUCUCUAUGUUAAAACUGGCCAAAUGUGCCCUCUAUCCAACUCUAUGGGCCUGCCAGGCCUAAUGAGAUGCAUGUGAACAGGCUCUGCGCUCCUGUCCAUUGCGUCAUCGCCGACAGACAGAAUUAAUGACCCUAACACACAGACUGCAGCCAGACGGUACUCGUAGACAAAGAGACAAAGAUAAUAUUUGGUGCGUAAAGAAGGAAUGCCACGUUAAUAGCAGGACAGUUAGCGUUAGGAGGCUUUUUCCGGUAAACGCUUUACAGGGAGACAAACAUGAUGAGUGGGAUUGUGAUUCUACAUGUCCCGUUGGAGGUCUCUGCCUUGUGGGGCUACUGACCGUAAGCAUGACUCAGACUGACACCUGUAUUAUUAUCAACCUAAUUAUGCAAAUAUGAUGUUCAAAGUGUUCCGACGUAUCGAUGAUAUUGUAGUGUGAUAAAUGUAUCCUGAUGAUACAGUAUGAAUCUCUGUGGUACAGUAAGGACUGUCUAGGAUGUCACUACGUUGUCUGUACAGUGCACACGUGUGAAGCUUCAAACAUUUAUAAAAUAUAUAUUUUCAAUGCUU